AUGCUGCGGUGGCAUGCGGGGCGGGCCAAGAUCCAGCUGAAGCUUGCGAUCCAGCGCGCACGCAUGUUGCAGCAGAAAAAGGAAUCGCUUGCAAAGCGCGGUCGGUACGAGAUUGCGGAGUUGGCACAGCAUGGCAAGUGGGAGUCCGCGCGUGUAAAGACGGAGUCGCUCAUUAUGGACGACGUGCACGUCGAAUUGCUUGAGCUGCUCGAGCUGUAUACAGAGACGCUUUAUGCGCGGUUUGCUCUGCUUGAUACAGCCAGCACUGAGCCAGACGCUGCUGUGCUGGAGGCUGUGCUGGCGAUUCUGUACGCUGGGCACCGCACGGAGUUGCCGGAGCUUACAACGCUGCGCGAUAUGCUCAUUGUGCGCUACGGCAUGAAACUCGCGACGUGUGCAGAGGAGAAUGAAGGAGAUUUUGAGUACAAAAUGCCAGCCCUGGCGUUGGUCGAUGCAUACCUCACCGAAAUUUGCAAAACGUAUGGCGUUUGUAUGCCGGGUGCGCCGCCCCAAGAACUGCCUGUUGAAGCAGCCCCGUCCACUCCCACCUCGCAGUCGGAGUGGGAUGCCUUGGUGGGGCGAUUCGCCACGCUGAAAAGAUGA